UAUUUUCAGAUAAAAUACUGAAUUUUACCUCAUAACUAUUUAGCUCCGGAACGAAAAAAAACAAAGAAAGAAAAACUUGAGAUUCCUCUCCCUCUUUCACCCAAACCUCUCUCUGCGCUGAAUACAAUUCCCUAUAUUCUUUCUUACUUCAAUAUGGGGUUUUUACCCUUAAUAUCUUAAAUCCAGAAAACAAUUUCUCUCUUUCCUUUUUCUUUUUUUUUUUAAUUUCGAUUUUUCUGGGGAUUUUUGAAUCUGGGUAUUUCUGAAAAUGGGGAAAAACCAAGCCUACAAGGCUAUGCAAAGAGCCAGGCUUGGCUCUUCCUCUGCUGGCCCUGAAGAGAUCGAGGAUGGCAUGGUGGAUGGUUCUUUUCAUUCACCAGAGUGGCAUGCUGCUCGUUUGGCCAGUCUUAAAACUUCUCAUACAGUUACGUGGGAAGAGUUCAAAAAGAAACAAAAAGAAGAUGCAUUGAGAAAAGGGGAAUUAGAAGCAGAUACGGAUCGAAUGAUGCGAGAGUAUAGAGCUCAGCUAGAUGCUGAAAGGGCAAGCAAGCUUGCACAUGGUAGAAACCACUCCAGUAGUAAAUCUAGCCAUAAAAAGGAUAGAAAAGACAAAGAUUCAAAGAAACGCAGCAGCAAAAAAAGAAAGCGUUCAAGACGGAGGUCUUCUGAGUCAAGCUCCUCGAGUUCAUCCUCAGAAUCUUCGAGUAGUGAUGAUGAAGAGAGAGAAUCAAGAAGAUCCAAGUCCAAGUCUAAAAGAGAGAAGAAAAAGAAGCACAAAUCAAGAAAUAAGAACUCAAGCACCGAGAAUGAAGAAGGUGAAGGUCCAGUCCCACUGUCAAGAUUUUUUGGUAGUGUGAAGAGUUAAAAUGGUAUGUUAGAAGAUACUAAAUUUGUGUACUUGAUACUGAAUUUCUGCAGUAGAAAAAUGAUUUUUCUCCCAUAUUUUCCGAAUGGAUUGAAGGCUUGUAAUGAUGUUUAAUUCCCCUUUUUUCCUGCUUCAUUUCUACUUUGUAGUCGUCAUUGAUGGAUUGUAUUCAUGAAAAUCUGGUAAAUUUCUUCCACCAAUCUCUAUGCCUGUUAGCAUUUAA